AUGCCCCUUACAUUGGUGGUCAGUGGGAAGAAUGCUCCCUACAUUGGUGGUCAGUGGGAAGAAUGAUCCUUACAUUGGUGGUCAGUGGGAAGAAUGAUCUUUACAUUGGUGGUCAGUGGGAAGAAUGAUCCUUACAUUGGUGGUCAGUGGGAAGAAUGCUCCUAACACUGGUGAUCAGUGGGAAGAAUGCUCCUUACAUUGGAGGUCAGUGGGAAGAAUGCUCCUUACAUUGGUGGUCAGUGUGAAGAAUGUCCCUUACAUUGGUGAUCUGUGGGAAGAAUGCUCCUUACAUUGGUGAUCAGUGUGAAGAAGGUCCCUUACAUUGGAGAUUAAUGGAAAGAAUGCUCCUUACAUUGGUAAUCAGUGUGAAGAAUGCUCGUUACAUUGGUGGUCAGUUUGAAGAAUGCUCCUUACAUUGGAGGUCAGUGGGAAGAAUGCUCCUUACAUUGGUGGUCAGUGGGAAG